AUGAUUGCCAAAGUCCUUCCCAUCGCCCUCCUUGCUGGUGCUGCCUCGGCCACUUGCCCUCUCUCCGUCGAGAUCACCAACGCGCAGAACCAUGUGGUCAAUGUCGCAGUCACCAACACGGGCAGUGAGCCCGUCUCCAUCUUCAAGGGCAACACGGUCUUCAGUGACCACGCCACCAAGGACCUCUUGGUAACCGAUGCAGAGGGCAAGGCGCUUCCGUUCGACGGCAUGUUUGUCAACUAUAAGCGCACCGGCCUCUCGGCCGAUGCCUUCCAGAAGAUUGAGGCUGGACAGACAAUCACCGUGCCGGUCAACGCGGCCAAGAGUUACAGACUCGACGGUGUCAACCAGGCCAAGGUCACCGCUAUCCAGGGCUUCCGCUACGCGACGGGCCCCGACACGCCUUCUUCCUUCAGAGAUUUGGCCGCGUGUGAGGAUGUCACGUCCGGCCAGGUCGAGGUUACCCCUGACCAAGCUACCGUUGCCGAGCAGCACAUCUCUCGCAGAGCCGAGCCAUCUUUCUCGUCUCGCAUCCAGAAGCGUGCCGUCACGUACUCUUCGUGCUCCUCGUCGCAAACGUCCUCUCUGAAGACAUCCGUGUCUGACGCCAUCUCCAUGGCCAGCAAGGCUUACACCGCCGCUGGUGCCGGAACUGCCUACUUCACCACAUGGUUCAAAUCCACCUCCGUCAAGUCCAAGGUGCAGACCAUCUACAACGACGUGGCCAACGUCCAGAGCAAGUCGCCCAAGGUCUCGUGCACCGACACCUACAGCGACUGCAGCGAUGGCUCUGCCCUUCUGUACACCGUCCCCUCUGCCAACGUCAUCGUCCCGUGCCCCAACAACGGCUUUUGGGACUUCCCUGAGCUCGCUCCUCGGUGCGCGGGUGACGACUACGACAAGGCGGGCAGCAUGCUCCACGAGAUGACCCACCUGUUCGGCACCGACGACUAUGCGUACGGCCCCUCCGCCGCCCAGGCUCUGUCGGCCGCCCAGGCCGCUGCCAACGCGGACACCUAUGAGAUGUACGCCGAGAGCGUCCGUCUUGGCGGCUGCACCACCGGCUAA